CACAGUCAUCCGGGCCUGUGGCGGAGACAGGACGCGAAGCUCGGCCGCGUCUUAGGGGCUGUCGGCGAAAGGCGGCCAGGAUGGAGUCGACCUUGGAACAGCAUUUGGAGGACACAAUGAAGAAUCCCUCCAUUGUUGGUGUCCUGUGCACAGAUUCACAAGGGCUGAACCUGGGCUGCCGUGGAACCCUUUCAGAUGAGCAUGCUGGGGUAAUCUCUGUUCUAGCUCAGCAAGCAGCUAAGCUAACCUCAGACCCCACUGAUAUUCCUGUGGUGUGCCUGGAAUCAGAUAAUGGGAAUAUCAUGAUCCAGAAGCACGAUGGUAUCACCGUGGCCCUGCACAAAAUGGCUUCCUGACAUCUCACGUCUGUCUCCUGCUGUCCAACAUCUGGAUGGGAGCCCUGUGGACUGUCAGAAUAUUAGGAAGAACCAAUCAUGUUUUGAAGCCACAGUUCACUUUGUACAUAGAGUUUUGUUAUGUUCAGUAAAUCUUGUUGGAGGAAAGCUCA